AUGGGUGUAGCGGUCCUGGGACUAUGGUUACCCAAUCCAGCGGUCCGGUUUAAGAAGCCAUUUCAUCACUUAUCACCUCCAACUAGAGCAGCACUUGCAACUUCAGCUUCUCUCUCUUCUCCACCUCCCACCAUUCAGGCAACAAUCUCUUCUGAUCUUUUAAUUGUUGGUGGAAAAAACACUCCAAGUUGGCAAGGAAGUGGGAAUGGCAAUUUGAAUGAUGUUUAUGGCGGAGGAGAGACGGAUUGGGUGGAUUUUGAAACUGAUCUUUAUCAUUGGACUAAAGUACUUCGUCCUGUUCAGUGGUAUCCAGGUCAUAUAGCGAAAACGGAAAGAGAACUUAAAGAACAACUCAAGUUGAUGGAUGUUGUCAUUGAAGUUCGAGAUGCCAGAAUUCCCUUGUCUACUACACAUCCACAGGAGAUGGACUUGUGGCUUGGAAAUAGGAAAAGGAUUUUGGUUUUGAAUAGAGAAGAUAUGAUAUCCAAGGCAGACCGGAAUGCUUGGGCUACUUAUUUUGCAAGACAGGGAAUAAAAGUUGUCUUUUCCAAUGGCCAACUUGGAAUGGGUACUAUGAAGCUGAACAGGUUUGCAAAGUCAUUAGCAGCAAGUGUAAAUGUCAAACGCAGAGCCAAAGGACUUCUUCCUCGUGCGGUUCGAGCUGGAAUAGUUGGGUAUCCAAAUGUUGGGAAGUCAUCUUUGAUAAACCGUUUACUGAAGCGCCGAAUGUGUCCAGCAGCUCCUAGACCUGGAGUUACGAGAGCGUUAAAAUGGGUUCGAUUCGGGAAUGACCUUGAGCUGCUAGACUCUCCUGGAAUAAUCCCAAUGCGGAUCAGUGAUCAAUCAGCUGCUAUAAAGCUUGCUAUUUGUGAUGAUAUUGGAGAGAGAUCCUAUGAUGUUACUGAAGUUGCUGCAAUUCUUGUCCAAAUCCUGACAAGGAUUCCAGCAGUGGGUGCAAAAGCUCUUAAUAACCGCUACAAGAUUGAUGCUGAUGAGUUCUGUAGUAAAAUAUUUGUCCAGAAGCUUGCAGUUCACUUGUUCAAUGGGGACACCCAUCAAGCAGCUUUUCGCAUCUUGUCUGAUUUUCGAAAAGGGAAGUUUGGUUGGGUAGCACUGGAGAGGCCUCCCAGGUGA